AUGUCAAAGCCUGAGAACGGCGGAAGAAUUGAAUGGCUCACUACGAAAGGGGCAGUGCAGAGUGAGAGUUGCUACGUGUGGUGGCGCACGCCAGCGGAGUGGGCAGAUGCGAUCUACGGAUGGGUAGAGGAUACGGGGCAAAGGAACAGCGUGUUGACGGUGUAUGAGAUUCGGGAGGGAGAAGGCAAGAGGGAGUGGAGAGGAAUGGAAGAGGGUAUGCUUAGGAAGGUCUUGGGUGUUUUGGUGAAGCGUGGGAAGGCACAGGUGUUUGGGCAGGCGGAGGCUGCCAACACCCUCUUGAACAACGGAGGAGAGUUCAGCGACUUCUGGAGGAACGCGGUUCUCAGGGAAGCCCUCCGUGCCAACAGCAAGAUCGUGGUGUACGGAACUUCCCAUCGAGCCCGUACGAUCUACCCCAUCCAGCUUGUCGAUUAG